CCUUCUACCAUGCCCUUAGCGGAUCGUGACGUGUUUCCGGCGGGCUCUUGCUGCACUUCCGGUCUCUGUGAGAAGUGACAUUGAAGCGGGGUGUGCGGACUGCGAGGCUGAGCAGGUAAAAUGGCAGACAACAUUCGUACCAAGAUUGAGAACUACAAAACCGCACCAUUUGAUGCUCGUUUUCCUAACCAGAACCAGACCAAACAUUGUUUCCAGAACUACCUGGAUUUCCAUCGAUGUGAGAAGUCUUUGACUGCCAAGGAACAGGAUCCCUACCCAUGUCAGUGGUAUAAGAAAGUAUACCAGUCCAUGUGCCCCAACUCCUGGGUGGAGAAGUGGGAUGACCAGAGAGAUGCAGGCACAUUUCCGGCCAAAAUCUGAAGGACUUGUGAAGUUGAUUCCUGUAAUCUUGAAUGUUCACGCCGGACCUGAUGUUUCAGCUGGAUUUGUCCAUCUAAAUUUUGCUUCCGUUGUAAAUCAUUGGAGGAGCAUCCAGUAACUUUUUAUUUCUAUGUCAAUAAAACAUGAAAAUUAUUCAGAUUG